AUUAACAAAUAUGUCUAGUUACCCAAAAAAAAGAAUAAACUUUUCAGAAUUGGACGAUCAUUUUGAUGAUGAUCAAUAAAUUGAUUCUCUAAGAUAUAAUGCUGAAAUAGAUAGUGCAAUCCAAAUUAAAAAGCCAUCAGAUCACGAAAAAGUAAAUAUAUCAAAUUAAGUUUAAAGUUAAAUGAAGUACAACAAUUGUUAUAAUUUUCACCUCAUCCUUAAUAAGAAAAUCAGAAAAUCUCAUCUGUUCGAUGUUCAUUUGGAUUGAAUUCAAAUAAUAAUUUCAAUCCAACCAGAUUACCAUUCUCCCAAAAUCAAAAUAGUGUAAAUUCUUCAAUUCAAAUUGGUUCACCUGAUACAGCCUCCUUUCCAUUAUAGAAGAAAUUUCUUAAAUUGUACCAAAUGAGAUAGUAAAAUUAAAUAUUUAAUCCCUUUCAGAUCAAUUGAAGAAAUCAGUGGAGAGAAUGAUCUUAGUCAAAGUAGAGAAAACAUGACCAAGAAGUCCAAUCAUACCUUAAAUACCGAAGAGGAUAAAAAUGCGCAAUUCAAUCAAGAUGAAACCUUAUAAAAUGAAUUAUAUCAGAAUGAUUCCUAUGCUCUAUUCACUUAACUCCUUGAAUCAUUGGAAUAGUCCUAGAAUUAAUUACAGAAACAAUAAAUCCAAUAUCAAGAGUUGCAAUCUAAGUAUGAAAAACAACAAUCACAAAUCAUCUAUUUGACCAAAUUGAAUUAAGAAAUCACUAAAACCUUAGAUGAAACUCAGAAUCAAUUGUAAUUGUUGAAUGAAACAAAUGGACUUCUAAAGAAAAAGAUCUAAUCCUACAAAUAAUACAGUAUAACCGAGUAAUCACAAUACAACGGAAACACCAAUAGGUAUAAUAAAGAGAAUCAUGACUAUCUAAAGCAUCAUAGCAGUACAGAAUCCACUCAAUCCAUUGAAUUAGUUAACAAUCUAAAAAAAACGCAAAAAGUCACUAACACAUAUUCCAAUAUCAUUAUGAUGUUAUUAUUGAUGAUCUAAAAAUGCUUUUACUUAGAUGAAUCAAUUGACAAGGAGGGAAAAGAAGUUAUUACUAAGAUAACUCAAUUAAUCAAUCAAAAAUAGUUGGUACUUACUUUAUGCAAUACUCAUAGGAUAAUAUUGUAUUUUCAAUUGAAUCCCUAAUUAAAUACUUUGAGCAAAGAUUCUCUGAUAUGGCUACCAAAAAUAGUAAAGUGCAGUCAAUGUCUAAUAUUAUGGAUCAAAUCAAAUUAUUAGUUGAUUAAAGAACCAAUUGAAAUAAUU